AUGGGUUCCUUACCGCGGCUGUCAGUGGUAACCGGCUCAAGAACAAUGGUGCCAGCGGCGCCGUUGCCGAAACAUCUCUCACACUGGGCUAAAAGUGAUAUGACUGCUUUAGUUUUUGCAGAUGAGACUUGCAGCGUUCGCAUCAGCUAUAGUGAACUGGAAGCACGCACCAAUGCUCUAUCUAGGGCUAUUGCUAAACGAGCAAGAGUCUCUGGUGCAAACAGGGAUGGAGAUUACGUUAUCGCUGUCUGCAUGCAGCCUACACAUAACACUAUUAUGGCAUUGCUGGCUACUUGGAAAGCUGGCGCGGCAUAUGUGCCGAUGGAACCCAGUUUCCCUCAAGCAAGGAUAUCACACAUUCUGAAGGAUGCAGAACCAGCACUUGUUAUAUACGAUGAUAUUGCAAAUCCAUCGAUGUUUUCCGCGAGCGGGGUACCGAUUGUUUCCUUCGAUGAGUUGGACGCUGAAGCCAGCGGUUUAUCAGCAGAAUCACCAAGCGAUGGAGAAAGACUUGCUACCCUCAGAACUCAUGCUAUUGCUAUAGUUUUGUAUACGUCUGGUAGCACGGGUAUCCCUAAAGGGGUCCGUCUACCCUACUCGGCCAUCUGCAAUCGCCUUUGGUGGCAAUUCCGGACAUUCCCUUAUUCCAACACAGAGGUCAAUUGUGUCUGGAAAACUGCAUUGACUUUCGUCGAUUCAGUAUGCGAAAUCUGGGGCCCUCUGUUACAUGGAAGGACUUUGGUCAUAUUGCCUAGAGAAACCACAAGAGAUCCACAAAAAUUGGUGCGAGUGUUACAUGAGAAUCAGGUGCAACGUCUAGUUCUCGUGCCAACACUUCUGCGUUCUAUUCUUAUGUACCUUUCUCUGGAACCUUCAAAAAGACCUUUGGAAAAUCUUAAACUAUGGGUAUGUUCCGGAGAAACCCUUAGCAAAGAGUUAACGUUAAAAUUCUUCCAAUAUUUUGGGGAUCAUAGCGGUUACAAGCUGGCAAACUUCUACGGUAGUACUGAGGUCAUGGGAGAUGUGACGUACUAUGUCCUGGAGAAUAGUGAACAGUUGGAUAUCCAUAAUACGAUACCUAUAGGGACACCACUUGACAAUUGCAGCGUAUACCUCCUUGAUGAGGAAAUGACUCCGGUGCGCGAACAUGAGCCAGGAGAAGUUUGGGUGGCGGGAUUGAACCUGGCUGCAGGCUACGUAGGGGCGCAGGGCGCGGACAAGUUCUGCGACAACCCUCAUGCAGAUCACACUGAUUUCAGCAGGCUUUAUCGUACUGGAGAUUUCGGUAUUCUGAACAAGGGUGUGAUCUUGUAUGCUGGCCGUACUGAUUCUCAAGUCAAGAUUCGUGGCCACAGGGUAGAUCUGCAGGAAGUCGAUCGGGCAGUCAGCGCUAUUAAUGAAAUUGACAAAUGUGUUGUGCUCUGCUAUGGACUGGACAUUGGCAACCCUGAGAUCUUAGCAUUUGUGACUGUUACACCAGAAGCUAGACUUUCAGCUCAACAUAUUGAAGCGAAAUUGGAAAACUCACUUACACACUACAUGAUACCGCAAGUGAUCGUGAUCGAAAAUAUUCCAUUAUUAGUAAAUGGAAAAGUGGACCGACAAGCGCUUCUGAAGAUGUAUGAAAACACCAACAAUAAUGAUGACUCCAGUAUUCCUUUGGAAAUGGACUACACCGGGGUAGAACCUGAAGCACUGGAAACAGCACGAGUACUUUUCGAGACGGUUGUUGAAGUUCUAGGCCGAGCCGUCAGAGGAGCGUUAUCAGUAAGGGUUGGAUUCUACGAGUUAGGCGGCAAUUCUCUGAACUCAAUUUACACGAUCACAAGACUUCGUGACAAGGGAUAUUAUAUUGAAAUCAGCGACUUUCUCGGCGCUUCCAAUCUUGGAGAGGUCCUAUCUCUGAUCAGCACAAGUCCCGACAAUGUGAAAGAAAUCAACGAACCCAAGUUCACCCCUGAACCAAUGAGAGACGAGGAUAAGCAACAAGUUAUAGAUAUGAUUGUGUCCUCGUUCUACGAGAAAGCUGAGCUCGAGCAAUUCUUGAAACAUGAGAUAGACACAGUGGAUUAUGCGCACUGUAUUGAAGCUUGCUGGGUCGCGCUUCUGCAGGCUAGACUGAGCGUAGUUUUGAAAGAUGCGAGUGGCAGUCCUGUGGCUGUAGCCCUGAAUUUCGAUGCACGCGACGAGCCAGAGAUUGAGCUGGCAGGUGGGCUGGCCAAGAUCAUGGCCUUCUUAGAGUUCGUUGAAGGCUCAGUAAGAGACACUAUGCUGCCUGAUGGGAAAGGAGCCAUACUUCACUCUUUUAUGAUGGCCACAGCAUCGACCCUAACUCCCAGAGAAAACGUAGCAGCCAUCCGGGCUUUAGAGCAUGCUACUAUGCGUGUAGCUAGGGAACGUCGAUUCCAGGGAGUGUUCACUACAAACACUAGCCCACUCACACAGCAACUUGGUACUGACGUGCUCGGUUUCCAAACACUUUUGGACUACCAAAUCAACCAAUAUGUGGACGCCAACGGAGACAGGAUAUUCGGGAAGGCCCCAGACGACAUGAGGGCAAUCGUGUGCUGGAAACCUGUGGACUGA